CUACAGUGCGCUUCCUCUCCCCCACGAUGCCGCCUCGAACUGCACGCCUGUUUGCAAUUCUCCGCUCUCUCCGUCCGGUCCACGCCGCCCCCUACCUCGCUGCGGCAGUGGGGGGCACCCUCCUGUACGCGGGGGCCGAAUCAGUCAGGCUUGGGCGGUGGGAGAACCCGCUUCUCGUGCACGCCCACUCGCACCCCCAGCCUGUCUUCCGGGUUGAUCCCGAGACCUCAAUCGAGUUCCCCCUCUCGCUUCCCCUCGCCACUCCCUCUCCGACCCUUACCCUCGUCGGACUCGGCGUACGCAAAGUCUCGUUCCUGAAAAUCAAGGUCUACAGCGCCGGCUUCUACUUGCAAGACGGCGCGACCAGGUGUCUCCACCAUAUUCCCGGAUGGGCCACGUUCACCGCCCAGCAUCUCCUCACUGCCCCUUCCCCUUCUCCCGCCGGCGAGACUGCCGCCCCGCAACUUUCCGGCGAAGCCCUUAUGGCCAACUUGCUCGACCAGCGUAUCGCAUGUGCCGUUCGGAUCGUCCCUAACAGGAACACCGAUUUCGGCCAUCUUCGGGACGCCUUCACCCGAGCCUUGAUCGGUCGACAGAAACUUGAACGAGCCAAGGGCGCUCUCUCAGAAGCGGAUGAAGUUAGAAUCACCGAAGCCAUCCAGACCCUUAAGACGUUCUUCCCUGCUCAAACAGUUCACAAGGGUAAAUCCGUCACACUCCUUCGUCCUCCUGAAGGGGGCAUCGUAGUUGAAUUCGAAGGUACAAUCCUCGGUAAACUCAACGACCCCUGGAUCGGCAAGCAACUCAUUUUGACUUACUUUGCGGAUAACGGAGCUGUUUCUGACAAGUUGAAGGAAGACGUCGCAAAGGGAUUGGAAGGGUUCACCAACAAGCAACGUGCUGGGGGACAGUAAAUUCGUCGUGGGGUUCGCCUUUCGGAUUUGACAACCCUGUCCCCAUUUUCAUCCUCUUCCCUCUCUCUACAUUAUCAUGGCAUGCGACCCGCCAGUAUCUUUCAAUCAUCGCCUUCUCACGCCGUCAAGAUCAGUAACGGUUUUACUGCGUAAUUUGCGGCUGUCAUACGAUAAAAUCAUGCUUAUCAGCCAUUAUACAUCUCAUAUCUAUCACUCUUUUUCUUUAGAUCAUGUAAAAACAACACUAGAAAGACAUGCAGGAACAACUGUUUUCGCUCAUUUCACACUCGUGUAUAUCUUUUCUCGCCAUCAAUGUUACUUGCAAUCCAUAAUCUGCUUCCCGCGCUCAUGUGAAUGGCUAACCGUGCUUAAGACAUGUUAGUCUCUGUCCCACCCUUGGGAGCUUCGGGUUCAUCCGGAUAUCGUGGUCUUGUGCUCUCGAUAUCAUCUAGAUUGGACAUUGGUAGUCAGUUUUUCUGUAGUCUGCGACGACAAAAAUGGUGUGGCAGAAGUAAAGAGAAAAGAUCAAGAGCAGUUAGAGAAACCGGGACUCACCCAAAAACGACAACUUUGUCACCUUGAUCACCUUCACAUCCUUCUCCUUCUCCUUCAGCCUCUCCAACAACGGAUCGGCAAAAACCAAAAAAUCCCUUCCACCAUGGUAUAUUGACAGUGC